GCGAGCAGCACUCGACUGUGCAGGAUCGCGUGGACUACCUCGAAAGGCUCAUGGGUGGCUCUGUGGAUCGGCAAGCGAAGGGCCACAUGCCCUUCACAGAUCGCAUGGAGUACCUGGAACAAUUCAUGGGCGACUCCUUGGGCAAGCACGAAAAGGAGCUGGCGGCCACGGCGGCCAAGGUCGGAGACCAUGCCGACAAGCAUGGAAAGGCCUUGGCAGAGCUGCAGGCAAAAAUCACGAGCGACACCAAGUCCAGCCAUGCGUCGCUUGCGGAGCGACUGCAGUACGUCGAGCAGCUGCUCGGUGACUCUGUGAGCAAACAUGCUCAGGAGCUUGAGAGCGCGAAGGCCAAGCUGGAAGAAAUGCACGCGCGAGUCUCCGGCUGCGAGGCCCACGGCGACUCUCUGAAGAUGGACCACAACGGCAGCAAGGCCCGGCUCGAGGAGCACCACGCGACGCUGCAGCAGCGCUUGGACUUCUUGGAGAAGGCCAUGGGGGACUCCUUCGAGAAGCACGAUAAGGCCCAUGGUGCCUCGCUAGAGACACUGAAGAAGGCCCACAGCAACCUGCAAAGUGAGAAGCAAGCGCUGGAGCAGAACCACGCCAACCUGGUUGAUCGUGUGGAGAAGGUCCACAAUGCGCUCACCAGUCAGAAGGCGCAGCAGGAUGUCACCCAUGCAUCCUUGAGGGAGCGCGUGGAGUUCCUGGAGUCCACCAUGGGCGACAAUGCCGACAAACACAGCAAGGCACUGGCAGAUCUCCAUUCGAAGAUCGCCAGCGAUGCUAAGUCGAACCACGCUUCGGUCUCCGAGCGGCUCGCCUAUGUGGAGCAGAUGCUCGGCGACUCAGCAAGCAAGCACGCCAAGGAGCUGGCAGAUGCAAGGGCCAAGCUGGACGACAUGCAUGCGCGAGUUUCCGGGUGCGAGGCGCACGGAGAGCACAUCGAUGCUCUCAAGAAGUCUCACAGCACCAUUCACAGCACCGUCACCGGCAGCAAGGCGAAGCUCGACGAAAAGCUCGAGGAGCACCACGCUUCGCUCAGCCAGCGCAUGGACUUCUUGGAGAAGGCCAUGGGCGAUUCCUUCGACAAGCACGCAAAGGAGCUGGCAGCCACCGCAGCGAAGGUGGAUGCUGCGCAUAGCCGGGUCUCGGACGAGCGCAUCGCGCGAGAGGCUCAUGCGGCUUCGUUGGAGACCUUGAAGAAGGCCCACGGCAGCCUUUUAA